UGCGCGUGCGCAGUGGAGUUCGCUGCUCUUCCUGUGAUCCCGGCGCGGAGGAGCGACCCGGACGCAAACACGCACGCCCGCCCUCCCUUACUCGCGCCGCCGCCGCAGCUCCCGCCUACGCCCUUAUUGCCGUCCACCCGGCCGCCGAGAUGCUGCGGGCCUGUCAGUUAUCGGGCGUGACCGCUGCCGCCCAGAGUUGUCUGUGUGGGAAACUUGUCCUUCGUCCGUUGCGACCCUGCCGUAGAUACUCCACUUCAGGCAGUUCUGGGUUGACUGCUGGCAAGAUUGCUGGAGCUGGCCUUUUGUUCGUUGGUGGAGGUGUUGGUGGCACUAUCCUGUAUGCUAAAUGGGAUUCCCAUUUCCGGGAAAGUGUAGAGAAAACCAUACCUUACUCAGACAAACUCUUUGAGAUCGUUCUUGGUUCUGCACCUUAUAAUAUUCCAUUGCCAAAGAAGCCGAUUCAGUCUGCUCCACUAAAAAUCUCUAGUGCAUCAGAGGCAGUGAAAGACCCUAAGCAGCCUGCCUCAUACCUCCAAAAACAAGAGGGAGACACUCCAGCUUCAACAACAGCACCUACAGAGGCAGCUCAGAUUAUUUCUGCAGCAGACGAUACGCUUUCAGUCCCAGCCCCGGCGGUUCAGCAUGAGGAGCCUUUAAAGCCUGAUCUCCUUGCAGCUGGUGAAGGAAAACUCACGCCUGCACCUUCAGAGGAAGCAUCCUUCUCUGCUGUAAGGGAGCGGCCACCUGAAGAAGUUGCGGCUCGCCUGGCACAGCAGGAGAAGCAGGAACAAGUUAAGAUCGAGUCUAUAGCCAAGAGCUUAGAAGAUGCUCUGAGCCAAACUGCUCGCACCACUCGACAGGCAAUCGCGGCUCAGAAUGCUGCCAUCCAGGCUGUCAGCGCACACUCCAGUAUACUGCGGGCAGCCAUGGACAACUCUGAGAUCGCAGGUGAGAAGAAGUCAGCUCAGUGGCGCACAGUGGAGGGAGCUUUGAAGGAACGCAGAAAAGCAGUAGGUGAAGCUGCUGACGCCCUUCUCAAAGCCAAAGAAGAGUUAGAGAAGAUGAAAAGUAUAAUUGAAAAUGCAAAGAAAAAGGAGAUGGUCGGGGCCAAACCUCACAUAACUGCUGCAGAGGGGAAGCUUCACAGCAUGAUCGUUGAUCUGGAUAACGUGGUCCAAAAGGUCAAAGCCGCUCAGUCUGAGGCUAAGGUUGUGUCUCAGUACCAUGAACUGGUGACCCGAGCCCGGGAUGACUUUAAGCGAGAACUAGACAGUAUUACUCCAGAAGUCCUGCCUGGGUGGAAAGGGAUGAGUAUUUCUGACCUAGCUGACAGGCUGUCUACCGACGACCUGAACUCCCUGAUCGCUCACGCACAUCGUCGCAUUGACCAGCUAAACCGAGAGCUAGCAGAACAGAAAGCUGCAGAGAAGCAGCACAUUGCACUAGCCUUGGAAAAACAAAAGCUGGAAGAAAAGCGGGCAUUUGACUCUGCCGUGGCCAAAGCAUUAGAACAUCACAGAAGUGAAGUAGCGGCUGAACAGGACAGAAAGGUAGAGGAAGUCCGAGACGCCAUGGAAAUUGAAAUGAGAACCCAGCUCCGCCGACAGGCUGCUGCCCACACUGAUCACUUACGAGACGUCCUUAGGGUCCAAGAACAGGAACUGAAAUAUGAAUUUGAGAAGGACAUGUCUGAGAAACUUGCUGAACAAGAAUUACAGUUUCGUCGUCUCAGUCAAGAGCAAGUUGACAACUUUACUCUGGAUAUAAACACUGCCUAUGCCAGACUGAGAGGAAUCGAACAGGCUGUUCAGAGCCAUGCAGAUGCUGAAGAGGAGGCCAGAAAAGCCCAUCAGCUCUGGCUCUCAGUUGAGGCGUUAAAGUAUAGCAUGAAGACGGCGUCUGCAGAUCUGCCCACUGUCCCACUGGGCAGCGCCGUAGAGGCCAUCCGAGUCAGCUGUGCUGACAAUGAGUUUGCCCAGGCCUUAACCGCAGCUAUACCUCCGGAGUCCCUGACCCGUGGGGUGUACAGUGAAGAGACCCUUAGAGCCCGUUUCUAUGAUGUCCAGAAACUGGCCCGAAGGGUAGCAAUGAUUGAUGAAACCAGAAAUAGCUUAUACCAGUACUUCCUCUCCUACCUGCAGUCCCUGCUCCUCUUCCUGCCUAAGCAGCUGAAGCCGCCCCCGGAGCUCCACCCUGAGGAUAUAAACACGUUUAAGUUACUGUCAUAUGCCUCAUAUUGCAUUGAGCAUGGAGAUCUGGAGUUGGCAGCAAAGUUUGUCAAUCAGCUGAAAGGGGAGUCCAGACGAGUGGCACAGGACUGGCUGCACGAAGCCCGCAUGACCCUAGAAACCAAACAGAUAGUGGAGAUCCUGACGGCGUACGCCAGCGCCGUAGGAAUAGGGACCACUCAAGUGCAGCAGGAGUAAGGCCUAGGAAGAGUCUCUGUGAAGUCAUAUUCUUGUCAGAGGAGAUCAGCAGUGACAUGUAUCUGAGGGGCUUGCCGCAAGGGUCCCAGAAUUGUCUAGAAAUGAGCAGGUUACUGUCCUAAAUGUUAACACCUGUUGCAGUUACAUUAUUUCCACUUGCUAUCAUGUCAGUAAACUCCAAGGGUACGUUCUUUGCAACUUGUGUAACAUUUUCUGUUUUUCAGGUUUUACUGAUGGGGCCUGUGAGCCAUUCAAAAUAAUGUUUGUGAUCUCUACUGCUAUGGAUUUUUCCCUUGGAGCAAACUGAAUAAAGCAACAAGAUGAAAACUGA